UCUCCGAGGAAGAUAAGAAGACCGCGAGGCGAGAUUCGCGCGUUCUUUAAUGGACGUUGUGCUGCUGAUCCCGGUUAUAUUCUGCCGGCGAGCUGCGCUCCGCGAGGAAAACAAGAUUCAAGAGAAGGAAGAGGGACCUUGAGAUCUCCUCCUGUUGCGCGAGGGUUUUAUGGGUGUAUACGAAGGAUGAUCGAUUGAGGCGACAACGCGCGCGGCACGGUCAAUGCGAGAAUCGAUCUCCUGGUGAUACAUCCUCGGUGAUACGCCGUCGAACAGCAGCGCCAGGGAACCAGGAGAGCACGCGGACGAGACGGAUGCACGCGUGCACCGCCACCGGCGGAAUUGCAGAGAUGUCGCGAAUUUCGAAUCGCGUUGCCACGAUCGGCGCGGCACUCGCCAUCGUUUUGCUCGUGAUACUGUUGGUAAUAUUGUGGUCGGACGUGCGCAACAUGGAUAGGCUCGAGCCGGAUGCCGCUCGAAUACGGAAGAAUUCAACGGUCGAGCGCGUCGUCAAUGAGACGUGGAGGAAGCAGCAGCAGCAGCAAGCCGGUCUGCGCGUCACCACGCAUCUCGUUAGCACGUUCGGUCAGCCGCCGAUCGAGCACAACUUCACGAACGAAGUGCUUUCCGAGGAAACACAAAAUACAAAAAGGUACAAUGACACUUCGAUCGACGUGUUGCCGCCUAUCAAAGACAAUCUGGAAUAUGUGAAGCCUUUAAAAAUUAGCCAAAAUCAAUAUGAGGAUCCGCCCGAAGGGUUUUCCACGGCGAAGAGGCAUCACAGCGGUCACUUCCGCCAUACGUCGGCCGAGGUGUGGGACCCGCAUCCGCAGUACGAAUUUACUGCCUUCGGCAAACGAUUUCGCUUGCGAUUAGCGCACGACGCCAGUUUCGUAUCUCCUGACAUAAAAGUGACGCACAUUGGCGAGAACACAACCAGAAGAGAGCACGCGGGUCAUCACUUGGGCUGCUUCUACAGCGGAUCGGUCGAUGGCGAUCCAAGUUCAGCGGUCAGUGUCAGCCUUUGUCACGGAAUGACCGGUCACAUGAAGACGUCUAUGGGAAGCUACUUUAUCAAACCUACGGAACAUUGGCGCGAAGAUGACAAGGACUCCCUUGGAUCUUCAUUGCAGCACGCGAUUUAUCGGGUACCCUCAACGGUGUCGUCCAGCUUCAACGAAGAUACCGGCUUCGAUAUUACCGAGGACGAAGUCAAGAAUCGUAACUGCGGCGUGAUAGAUUAUGACUUAGACGACACUCCUUCACCGCUGACGGACGACAGUUCCGCUCAUAAGAUUUACGUCGGGGAGCGUCCGCGAGAACGCAGAUCAUUGACGCGGAAAACCGCGUCGCUGGGGCAUUCCAAGGAGGAAGAGGAGGAGUACGAACGGUUUACGGAGCAGAGCGAGUAUCGUCGGGCUUUCUUUGAAAAGGAAAACCGCGACAAUAGAUACUACAGUAUGGAACGCGAGCACAGCUAUCAGAACGGAGAGUACUCUCAAGACUCGGAGAUGGAGUCGGAUCCUUUCGUCACGUGGAGGCCACGACGAGCGUUGCCUCGUGAAUAUUUCAUCGAGAUCAUGGUGGUAGCUGACAAGAAAAUGGUAGAUUACCACGGUAGCGGCUUAAUCAGUUAUAUCUUGGUCCUGAUGAGCACGGUCUCACGGAUUUAUAAAGAUCAAUCGAUCGGCAAUCCAGUGAGCAUAGCCGUGAUGAAAAUUAUCAAGACCGACGUGAUAUUCGGUGAGAAGCAUACUGGCAGCGAUGGAAUCGCGGCAGCCGAGAUGUUGAAGCGAUUUUGCAACUGGCAAAAGCACAACAAUCCGGAUGAGCCCUCCCCAGAACACCACGACGCUGCGCUUCUUUUGACCAGAGAAAAUUUAUGUCACAAUCCGAGUCAGAAGCGUUGUGACACUCUGGGAUUAGCCGAACUUGGUAGAAUGUGCUCGCCAGGAUCUUCGUGUGCUAUUGUACAGGACAAUGGAUUGGCCGCGGCGUUUACCAUCGCGCAUGAGAUCGGUCAUGUGCUCAACAUGCCGCACGACGACGAUCCCAAGUGUGCGGGCUUCAGGAACCGUUCGGGCGUGCACAACGUCAUGUCCCGCAUGCUGGACGAUAACACCUUUCCUUGGGAAUGGUCCAAAUGCUCCCGGCACUAUGUCACCGAAUUUCUCGAAGCUGGCUACGCUAACUGCCUAUUAGACGAGCCCAGCAAGAUGAUGGAACGGCAGAACGGUCGCUUACCCGGCGAAGAUUAUUCGGAGAACAAGCAGUGCGAGCUCGUCUUCGGGCAAGGAUCCAGAAUCUGCCCUCACAUGGUGAGUGAUGUGUGUAGGACAUUGUGGUGCACCGCGCCAUUGUGGGAUCAUCAUCAGCAAUGUCACACCCAGCAUAUGCCAUGGGCGGACGGUACCUCGUGCGGCGUCGACAAGUGGUGUCAUCACGGCGAGUGCGUUUCGCGCAGAAAUCUUAAGCCGGUGGACGGCCAAUGGGGCGAAUGGGGAAGAUAUGGCGAAUGUUCGCGCACCUGCGGUGGCGGUGUCAAAAGAAAGUACCGCGAGUGCGACAAUCCGGCACCGAAGAAUGGUGGCAACUACUGCAUUGGUGAACGUGUCAAAUAUCGUAGCUGCGGUAUCAGAGAGUGCCCACCUGGUAGCCCGGAUUUCAGAGAGCAACAGUGCUCGAAAUUCGACAACAAUAACUUCAACAUUCAGAAUCUCGCUAGGGAUGUCAAAUGGCAUGCAAAAUAUACAAGAAUACUAUCGCAAGAUCGUUGCAAAUUAUACUGCCAAGUGGAAAGUAAUCAAUAUUAUAUGUUACGCGACAAAGUGAUCGACGGAACACCCUGCGGACCCGAUACUUUUCAUAUAUGCGUUAACGGCCAAUGCAAACCAGCUGGGUGCGAUCACGUUUUGAAUUCGACUGUUGAGCUCGAUACCUGCGGAGUCUGCCGAGGAGAUAACUCUACCUGUCAGAGAAUCACCGGCUCCUACAAUGCCAGCGUGUACGGUUAUACGAGAGUGGCUAAGAUUCCUGCCGGUAGUAGUUAUAUCGACAUUAGGCAACGCGGCUGGCUGAGUUCGCACAAUGAUAGCAAUUACCUCGCAUUGCGGAUCGGAGAAGACGGCGAAUAUAUUCUGAACGGCAAUUUUAUGGUGAUGCAUCGCAAGGUGAUCGUAUAUCCGGGCGUCACCAUCGAAUACAGCGGACCAGAAUCGGUCGUCGAGCGACUCAACAGUUCUCGGCCAAUCACUAUCGAUCUAAUUCUGGAGAUAUUAUCCGUAGGGAAUGUGUAUCCGCCGCAAAUUACAUAUGAAUACACCGUACCGAAGAAUAUUCUCAACAGCUUCAUGUGGUUGCUCAGCGACUGGUCGACUUGUAAUCGAAUGUGCCAGGGUAUGAAAUAUCGUAAAGCCGAAUGCAGAAGCACCGAGCACAAGGACGUGGUGCCCGACGAUUAUUGCAGAGCCGAGAACAGGCCACAAGAGGAGAGUCAAGUGUGCAAUGCACAUUGCACACUGCAGUGGCAGACGACUUCUGUGUCCGAGUGCUCGAAUCACUGUGGCCCAGGCGUUCAAACCAUAACUUCGCGAUGCGUUCAAGUCUUACUGGAUUCGACACAUCCUCCACAGCCGAUAUCAGCACACGUGUGCUUACACAUCGAGAAACCAAACGAACAUCAAUCUUGUAUGGGUCCAUGUGAUGACGCUCAUUGGAGUUACAACGAGUGGAAUUCCUGCAGUGUCUCAUGCGGCGGCGGUGUUCAGUCGAGAAGCGCGAAAUGUGUUGAUUCGAACGAACGACAGGUGCGAGAUGAGAAUUGCGCUGGACAGGAGAAGCAUCUCAAGAGAAUAUGCGGUCAAGAGGCUUGCCCCAAGUGGGAUUUGGGCGAAUGGAGUCCGUGUUCCGUGACAUGCGGCGUGGGAAAACGGCACAGAGACUCCUGGUGCCAUGUCGAGAAUCGCGUGGUAUCGCAUACCUUCUGCAGCGGUACGCCAAUCGGAACGACGGAGGUCUGCGAUGCAGGUCCUUGUCAUUACUGGCAUGCCGGCGACUGGAGUCCGUGCUCCGUGACGUGCGGUGAAGGAACGUUACGAAGAAAUGUUAUCUGCAAAAGUACUGACGGUCUGACGAGCGACAAAUGUCCCAUCUCGGAAAAACCAGAUGAUUCGGCUUCCUGCAUGCUGAAACCAUGCCCUACUGUUAUAAAUGUACCACCGAUCAUAUAUUCGUCCAAUCCAUCGCGUGAAGAUCUUUCGCAGCAAGAUAACGAAAUUGAUAACAACGGCAUCACAUUUCAAUCGGGUUACAAGUGGGAUGCAGGAUUGUACGGUGAGUGCUCGAAAGCGUGCGACACCGGGUACAAAAGUAGAGUCGUAAAGUGUAUAUCCUCGGAGACGGGACUUGUUGCACCAAAUUAUUACUGCAAUGCGCGUCAACAACCGGCGGCCAGGAGCACGUGCAAUCGUCAUCCGUGUUCAGUUUGGGUUACCGGUGAUUGGAGCGAGUGCGACUCGGAGUGCGGCCAUGGAUUCGAGCAUCGUCAAGUUCGCUGCCAGAGUUACCGCGGCGAGACCUUGCGAGACAUGGAAUGCACUGGUCAACAACCGAAACACAUGCGAAGGUGUCAGAAGGAGCCUUGCAGAGGUGGCCCUAAAAUCAACAGAGAGAACAAUUUUGAUUCUAAUAUUGUCCGCAGAUGGAGAAUGUCUGAUUGGACUCCCUGCUCUAAAUCGUGCGGCUACGGAAUUCAGACGCGAAGAGUGGAAUGUAUAAUCAGAAGAGGCAGCCGUGGGCCGGAAGUACCCGUUAAAGAUGAGCAGUGCUCGAGAACGAAACCGCGCAAACCAAAAUCGCAGAGAUCAUGCCAGCGUAUUGCCUGCGACUAUAGCUGGCAAGAAGGCUCCUGGUUGGAGUGUUCGGCCAAAUGUGGCGAAGGGAAACAACAUCGCACGGUUACUUGCCACCAUGUGAACUCUUAUGGAUGGAUUGACCCAACCCCGACUGAGGGUUGCCUAAUGGAUCAGAAACCGACCAGUGAGCAAACUUGCAAAUUGCGUGAAUGCAGUGACAAAUUUUACUGGACCGCCGGCGCCUGGAAGAAAUGCAGUCAUCCUUGUGGACGCAAAGGCCGACAGAACCGAAGGAUCUAUUGCCAUGACAGAAACGGCAAUAAAGUCGCGCGAAGCUAUUGCCCAGUAGAAUUUAGGCCGCAACGAAAACGCAAGUGCAAUCAAAGAAGAUGCGGACCGAUCACCUGUCUGGAAAUUCAGAGACGUUUUCGAACUAACAUAGACGGUGAAUAUUCGUUGCUGAUUGGUGGUAAAAAUAUGACAAUUUAUUGUCACGGUAUGUCGAGUGCUGAGCCACGAGAAUAUCUGACAUUGCCAGCUGGCGAUAGUGAGAACUAUGCGGAGAUUUACGAUAAAAGGUUAAAAAAUCCGCAUGUGUGCCCAUUUAAUGGCCAAAGAAAUGAUAGCUGUAACUGUGUGUCUGAAUUUGGAACGAUUUCUGGCAAAACCAUGUUCAAGAGAAUACGCAUAGAUCCUGUGAGACUCUACAUCAUAGCAAAUGAUUAUACAUUUUCACGGACACACGGGAUGAAACGCGUAGAGUAUGGUAAGGCCGGCGAUUGUUAUAGUCUUGCUAAAUGCCCACAGGGUCAUUUUAGCAUUGAUUUGAGAGGAACCGUUUUGAAAUUAUCGCCAGAAGUUACAUGGAUCCCGGACACCAUGAGCGCCUCUCUUGUGAUUAACAAGAUCAAUAAUCAGCGAAUCUUCGGCAAAUGUGGCGGUUAUUGCGGCUUUUGUAAACCGAAGAUAGGCCUGAAGUUAGACAUCUUACCUCCCUAGUCACAAUCAUCAAUUUCUUCUGCUAUAUCAAUUUGUUUUACGUGUAUCACACGAUCCAAAGGAGAAUCUGGAAAAGAGUAUCCAGGAUGCUUUACGAAGUAGCGAGAGUGCGAACAAUCGGACGAACAUCGCUGAUCUGUCACGCGUACACUAGUAAGCAUUUUUUCUUAUUAGGAACACCCCGAUUUAUAUUUCCUAAAUCGUUGGCUGCCAGAGAAAAUUUAUUUUCUCUCUUUUUAAUAUGUAACACUUCGUUAGAGACUAUUUUAAUGGAGUUAUAGAAGAAAAAUUCGAUUAUUGUGUGAAAAGCAAUACGUUUAGAUUAAUGCUGUCGGUAUAUACGAGUACAUACGAGUCUGUUAUUUUGGUAUUUAUACAUUUGAAUAUCUAAUAUUUGAAUAUUUAGAUAUUCCAAGACUGCAACUGGAAAAGUGUAGUUUUGAAUAGUUGAUACGAAAUUUGUUGAUAUAAGUCUUGUUAUGAAUUUUAUUUAGUCUAAUUUUAUUAUCACUGUUAAUUGGAACAUAUGACGGAUUCUCUCGAUUCCUACUGCCAGUUCACUGUCUAAUUAUGUCGACAAAAUACAAACCGGUGCAACAUGAACUUAAUAUGGUACAGUCGGUAGUAUCUGUCGUUGAAAUUUAAUAGAUCUUUAAUUUAAUUAUAGACAGUAAUUAUUCAGACAGACAUUAUUUACUCGGAUUUUCUUGAAAACUCGGUUUACUCGUACAUUUCAAGUAUCCGGAUACUUUGAGCGCCAGAGUAAUAUCUAUGUAUUUGUAUACCGAAUGAAUAUUCGAAAGUACAAAGAAUGAAUAUUCUAGAUGUACAGGGUGUUGCAUCGACAUACGCCCUAGUAUGAUAGUAUACAUCCCUGUAUUACUGCCCGAAUUCAGGGAGUAAUACAGAGGCAUAUACUGUCGUACUGAGGCGUAUGUUGAUGCAACACCCUGUACAGAGAUUACUCAUGUGUGUUGACAGCAUUAAUUUAGAUAAAUGACACAUACGUCGAUUCCGCGACUGCGAGCCGUGGUGUACUGUAACCACCGACAUGCUUUAAAUUCGACUAGUUUCUUAGUAACCAUCGAUGAAAAAAAUAUCGAAUAUAUAAACGAUACCAGAAUUCAGCUCACACACCGGCUGAUAUACCGACAUGCAUAUGACAUCAUACUUAAACUAUCACUGCCAUCACACGCGUUAGUGCGAUUGAAAAAAUAAAAAUUACCAUCUUCAGCUACGAGAUCUACAUUCGGUUGAUGAUUAAUUGUGUCAAGUUGAAAUUGUACGCGUAUGCAUGGUUAAGUUUAACUAAGGGUAUAGACCAAGAAUCGUAUUCUGGACGUAUACCGAAUACCAAAUAUGCCUUUCUGAUUCUCGAACUGUUAUACAUGAUUUUCGUAUAAGAAAAACGUAACUUGGAAUUAAAAGGGCAUAGCGUUCGUCACACGCCUAGAGUAGAACCUCGGUAAUGCAUCACUCUCACCAGCCAUCAAUGUUACACAUACAGGGUGUUUGAUAGCUGAUCAUGCAGACGAAAGAUGGAGAUAGAUUGGGUG